UUUGCAUUGUGGUGCCCGGUAAUAUCUGGUGCCAUGGAGACCCUUUUCACAAUCAGCCUGCUUGCUGUGUUCAUAGCUACAGGAUUUUCUCUGCAAUGUGAGAUAUGUGGCAUCAGAAGCACAUGUAAUGGAGUUAUGAGGACUUGUCACUUUAAGCAUGACAAAUGUAGCAUCACUCUUUUGGAAAGCAGUGGCAACAAGUAUGCUAACAAUGUCCAGAGAAUGAUCAAGAAUUGCAUCAACUCCAGUUUUUGUGAUGUUGACCUCGGGAUUAUAAACAUGGGCCAAGCAGGAUUGAUACAGUCCAACCGUAUCUGCUGCAUAGAAGAUGACUGCAAGAGGAUCUCUCCCACAUUGUCAGGGAGAAACACCACAUCCAAUGGAAAGGUAUGCCCAGCUUGCUUUGCUAUGGAGAAACGCUGCAAAGAAGACAAUGUCUAUUGUGCUGGAGAUGAGUUCUAUUGCAUUGAAGGAACUGGAACUGGGACUGCACAAACUGGAGAAGGAACCUCAGCCCCAAAUUUCAUACUUAAAGGCUGUGCCACUGAAGGUGCAUGUGAAGAUCUUCGGGGAGCAUCCCUCCUUCUGCCCUGGAGCGUAAAAGAAUCACAGUACCACUGUGUGACUGCCCUUGAGGCAAGUGGCAUCCUUGAACCACAGUAUGAGGCAGCUGAGAAAACAUCAAAGAAUGCAGAAAAUGCUGGAGUAGCUACCAUCAUUACAGAACUUUUCGGAAUUGUCAUCCCAAUCCUGGCUAUGCAACUUCUGUAA